AUGGCCGGCCAGAACCAGAGCUACUAUGAGUUCUACCGGGGCUCGUCGAUUGGCACAGCGUUGACCGACUCGCUGGAUGAAUUGAUCACUCAAGGUGAUAUCCCCCCGCAAUUAGCGAUGCGGGUGUUGCAGCAGUUCGAUAAGAGCUUGACAGAUGCGCUGCAGAAGGGUGUAAAGACCAAGACGAAUGUCAAGGGUCACUUGUCUACCUACAGGCUCUGCGAUGAUGUCUGGACAUUUGUGGUCAAGAACCCAAAUUUUAAGAUGGAGGGCAUGGGUGCAGGCUCGGAGAUGAUCACAGCGCCAAAGAUCAAAAUCGUCGCGUGCAAGUCCGGGGAUGCUGCGGCGGACACGAAGAAGGGCGGCGGAAAGGCGGCAGCAGCGGCGCAGAACGACUACUAG